CUGUAGUUUUCCUUUUCGCGCCAGUUCUUAGGAAAGGCUGUGAGGCUUGGUCAAAAAUGUUGUGGCUCCGUCAAGGAAAUUAGAUGACGGAGAGCUGCAACGUAUUGCUGUUGUCUGGCUCACUCAAAUGCCGCCUACGUAAUUGUAGUACAACCGGGAAUAGGACAGAACCGAGCCAGUCUGGAGGUGGAAUCAUAGAACAGUACGCGGCAAGAACAAACCCCUUGCUCGGCCGUAUUGCUGUCUGGGGAAAUAAACGCAAGGACUCACGCCAGUCACUUUACGCAGAAAUUAUUCAUAAUCAUAUUCGAGGGUGAAGAGAACCUGCAAAAGGGAGUGGGAGCAUCUCUUUUGCCGGUCUCUGACACACACGCCGAGGUGCAUAUAUUUUUCAUUUUUUUUUUUUUCAUGCUUAGGGUUAAUUUAGUUUCCCCAUCCGCUCCGUGUACAAUAACAAAAGGAUUUUUUUUGAAAUAGAAGAGUGGUUCAAGAAACGUACAACCGUCAAAGAAAGACAGUGUGCAAAAGCAGAAGUCCAGUUUCUAGUACCCUAGACUUACAGACGCCAAUAACAUAGCAGCGAUCUUCGAUCAACUGCAAGCUACUUAACUUGAAUCGUACAUGUCCGCCGUGUAGUCCAUUAUUAGAGAAGAUCUGGACUUCUAUUUUUAAAAACCGCUGUCGGCGCUAGAAAUGUAGUUGUUUCAAACUAGGCAAGUCGUUAUUAUUUGCAGAUGAAUUAGAAUUUAUUAUCCUCAUCUGAUCGUAGUUUUUGUGCAGCAGCUUGCUUUACCACUAAAUUAACAGCCGAAGGGGCCAUAAUGCUGCUGGGACUGGGCAUAUAGUAAAGUGCAGUUGUUUGACGAGCGAGCAAUUUGAAGUUUUCUCGCUCUUUUUCAUUUCUGUCAACAUUGUGCUUUACGUCAAGAACCCACGAGCAUUUUCUUCUUAUCAUGAUGUCGCAUCCACCACGACCAUCCGUCACACCUGUGAUGUAUUUUUAGGAUGAUAGAUUUGAUUCCACAACCACAUCCAUUCGCACAAAAUAGCAUGACCAGAGCAAGAAGGGGGUGUAGUCGCGCUAAAUGCGUGAUGUAGUUUAAGUAGCUCGACUACGGGAUAGCCGUGUCCUACAAAAAACUAGUUUCUUUUCAAGUACUUACUUUAUCUCAUAGUCAUAAGCCUUUUGCCCAGAACCUCCCUGCUUGCACAGAUUUUAAAUGGUCCAGAACCACUCAACAUCUGGUUGAAGAGAUUUGCGUGGAAGGGCCUAGCCCAUCUCGCUAUUUUUUUAUCUCUCAUGAGGGCAUUGAAAAAAACAGUUCUACCGUUGCACCACUGUGCGAGCAUGCCAAAGCGGUGAGAUUCUAGUUCUAGUUCUAGAAAGUAGAGAUACAACUGAUUUCGUUGCGGUUCUCAGGCAGGACAGUUGUGAUUGCUACGUUGUGUAGUACCAGCAAUAGAGGUCGUGUUCGUUUGUUUCGAAGAUCGUCGAGGAGCGUUUAUUACUUGGGAGUGAAGUACCAGUUCCAGUAGGACAACUUCUACCUGUUCGGCUUGAGGGAGAGAAAAAUU